AUGGAUCAGAACAUGAUAGCAUCCUACGUCAAUCAACAGAACUGUGAAUGGAUUUUCAACCCGCCUCAUUCUUCACAUUUUGGUGGCGUCUGGGAGCGUCAAAUUUUAACAAUUAGACAAAUUCUCGACGGAAUGUUUGCCGAUCUUGGUCCAAGGCAACUGACACACGAAUUACUAACUACACUUAUGGCAGUGGUGGGCAUAAUGAACUCCAGACCAAUUGCGACUAUACCAUCAGACGCAGAGCAACCACAACCUUUAUCCCCAAAUAUGUUGCUGACUAUGAAAUCAAGACCUCUGACGUCACCACCUGGUUUAUUCACAUCCCAUGAUCUGUAUUCCCGCCACCAUUGGAGAAGAGUUCAAUAUUUAGCGGACCAAUUUUGGACACGAUGGAAGAGGGAGUACUUACAAAACCUACAGUCAAGAGCAAAGUGGAAUCAACAACGACGUAACCUAGAAGUUGGCAACAUCGUGAUGAUCAAAGAUAACACGCAUCGCAACAAAUGGCCCUUGGGUAGAGUCUCUGAAGCAAUCAAAAGCCAAGAUGGUAAAGCAAACGAGGUUGGCAGUAGCAAUGCCAUGGAAUUGAAAGGUGCAAAAACAUCAUUUAAAUUCCUACAGGAUUCUGGUCUUCAGAUGCAUAUUUUCAUUAGUGACCAGCAUAAAGGAAUUGCAAAGUGGAUAAGAACAAAACAUUUCAAUGACAUCUGGCAUGCGAAUAAGAGUAUAAACAAGCAACUUAGGAAAGCAAGAUGA